AUGCAUAUAGGGUUGUCAAAUAAAUUUUCAAUUUAGAAUUCAAAACGAAAAAUCACAAGUUUACAUUUCAAUGAAACAGAAGAAUAUAGAAGAGCAAUAUCAAUUGCCAAUUCUCCUGAUUAUCAUAGUAUUUGUAAUAUAUAGAGAUAGACUCCCCUUUGCCAUAAUUGUAUAGUCCAACUGAAAAGAAACCAAUGUUUUAACGAGUUCCACGUACAAGUGUUUUAUAAUCAUUAAAAAAGGAGGAUGAUAAAACGAAUAAUAAAGAUAUAAUAAAAUAGUUAGAGGAAUCUCCAGAACAAAAAUUAGAAGAUCAAAUUCAUAAACCUCUUGUUGGAUCUCAAUCAGCACGAAGCUAUUUUUAACAUUAUAAAGUACUAAAUAAAGUUAAACAAUAAAAUGAAUAUCAUAAAAUUAAUGAGUCUAUCCAAACAUAAAUGCUUAAAUAAGCAGAAUCAUCUGAUGCUCUACCUUGUAAAUUAGGAUUGGUUAAAAUGAAUGGAAAUGAAUCAUAAGUUACUAUCAAUAAUCAUCAUUAUGGUGAUAAAUAUAUAAAAAUGUUAUCUGAAGGUUUACGAUAAAAUUAAGGAAUCAAAGAAUUCUUUUUGAGUAAUAACAGAAUUAAAUAAAGUGGAGCUGUAUCAAUUUUAACUUAAAUUGGAAAAUAAGCUAUAGUUUUGGAUUUAUCAAAAAAUUAAAUUGGAUAAUUAGGAGUGGAUUGUUUAUGUUAAUAAUUAUAAUUGAGAGACAAUAAGUAAAAUUAUAUGUUUAAAAUAGAAUAGAAGUUCUCAAUUUAGAAGAUAAUAAAUUGGGUGAUAAAUUUGUCAUUAAAAUUUUAUAGUGUUUAAUGAGUACUACAAAUAAAGUUAAAUCAUUAAAUAUUUCAAAGAAUUAUUUAACUAAUGAAGUUGCAGAUACUCUUAAAGAUACAAUAUUAUAAUUAGAUUUACUUGAAGAAUUAUAUAUUCAUUGGGUAUAUUUUAUUAAUAUUAUAUACUAGAACUAAAUUAAAGGAUUAGGAGGUUAAAAGAUAUUUGAAGCACUUAUUGAAAAUAAAACUAUGAUAGUUUUUGAUGGAAGUUGGAAUUGUUUUGGAAUUAAUGAAAAAUCAAAUUGUACUUCUAAAAUUUGUGAAUUUCUUAUUGGAAAUAAAAUUAUGUUACAUUGUGAUUUAUCUGCUAAUCAAUUUACAUUAUAAGAUUGUAAAUUGAUAGCAACAAGUUUAAAAUAAAAUAGAACUAUGUAUGGUUUUCAUUUUAAUGGAAAUUGGGGUAUUAUAGAUCCUAGAGGAUUUUUAAUUAUUGAUGAGAAUUCUCAAUAAAAACCAUUAGGUGAAACACCAAGAAUGAAAGGAUUAGAUUAAAUUACAACUCUUAGAUAUGAAAGUGUAUGUUGGAUUUGUUAAGGUUGGUAAGAGUAAAUUUUUGAAUGGACACCAGAAGGAGAAUGUGAUCCUUUGUUUUUACAUAUGGAUUUUGAAGAUUACAAAUAAGUAUAUAUUCCUAAGAGAUUUGAUAAUUUAUAUAAGCUACCAUUAAUGGUGCCUUCUGGAUAAACAUAAUUUUUAUUUACUGUAAUUGAUAAUCAAAUGGUAAGUAAUAAUUUUAAUUAAAAUGUUUUUGGUCAUCUUUUAAAAUUAAAAGUUAAUGGCAAUAUUGCAAUUUGUUAAUUAGACAAUAUUAAUGUAAUAUAAAAAUUAAGACAUUAUUAAUUAAUGGAUAAGAAAGAAUUAAAAGCUUUAACUUCAAUAUUACCAAGAACUCCAGAUCCUUUAUAUAUUCCUCCUAAAUUAAAAAAAUAAAAAAGAAUAUGGACUUUUCCAAUUUCAAUAUGGUUUAAAGAUUUUAGAUUUGAAAAUGAAGAAUUUUUAAGAAAAUGUUUUGAAAAAGAUUGGAGUUGUUGUAAAAUUAUGAAAGUUGUUAAGAAUUUAGAUGAACUUAAUGAAGUGAAAAACCUAUUAUGGAAGGAUUAUAAAAUGAUUAAAGAAACUUAUAGAUGGUAUUCAUCUUAUAAUCCUACUGGAGAUGUAUGGUCAAUUUCAUCAAAUGUAAUUACAGAUUUUUCAUCAGCUACUGAAUUGAUUGACAAUAAAACAUUGAAACUUUCAGAUUUAGAUUUAAAAUUCAUUGCAACUUGUGCAGCUUCAAUUGAAUAUAAAGGUAAUUAUCGUAAUCCUGAAAGAGCAUUAUGUAGAUAUUAAUUUAUGGAAUUUUUGGUAAGAGUUGCAGAUGAUAAAUAUUUAAAAUAAAAAUAAGCUAAUUCAAUGUUAGAAUCAGUUUAAAUGAUACUUUAAUAAUGUAGACCUGUUAUGGAAUAAUAUAAUGCAUAAAAAUGGAGAGAUGAUCGUUAUUUUAAUGAAUAAUGUGAUGACUGUCUUAAAUAUUUUAAGCCAUUAUUGAAUUAAGUGUAUAAUAGAUUUAGUAGUAAGAAAGUAAAACCAGGAUAAAAGAAAUUUAUGUGUUUAGAUGAACUACAUGAAAUUUGUGGUAUAGCAGGUUUAUUUGAUGAAAGAUUUGUUGAUAGAGAUGCAGAUUUAGUAUCUAUUCUUAAUUUAUUAUUAGGCAUUUAAUCUAUCAAUGAUGUUAUAAAUAGAUGAAUUAGAAAGUGAUAGAAUAUUUUAAAUGUCAUUAAUUGAAUUUAUGGAAGCAAUAGCAAGAAUUUCAGAAAAAGUCUCAUUACCUGCUACUCCUGAUAUGAGUUGGGAAUAACGAUAAUAAUAACCAUUGCAUAUUAAAUUGGAAAGGCUUCUUAUUUUAAUAGCCUAAACUUGUGCUUCUGAGGAAUAUAAAUAAUAAUUUGGAAAUCCUCAAAAGAGUAUAUUUGAUAUCCAACCUGAAGAUGAUUGA